AUGAAUAGCAUCGUGGAGAGACCUCCGACUGAUGUUCUGCAGCUUUCAGCUGGAUUUCAGGACAUAUCCCUCGGAGAACGGGGUGGCCGCAGGCGUGACUUCCAUGACCUUGGAGUGAACACCCGGCAGACCAUAGAACAUGUCAAAGCAUCUAAAUCUGGUGUUUCUGGGAGCUCAAUUCAACUUGUGACCAACCACAUCAAGCUAAUCUCACGACCCCAGUGGGUCUUGUACCAGUACCACGUUGACUACAACCCCCCUAUGGAGUCUAAGCGCCUGCGGUCUGCCCUACUAUACCAGCACGAACAGACCAUUGGGAAAGCGCGCGCAUUCGAUGGAGCAGUAUUGUUUUUACCAAAGAGAUUGGAAAAGGUCACUGAAGUGUUUAGCCAGACUCGAAAUGGAGAGAACGUGAAGUUGACCAUUACUCUGACCAACGAGCUUCCACCGACAUCGCCAACUUGCUUCCAGUUCUACAACAUCAUUUUCCGGAGAAUUCUGAAGAUAAUGAAUAUGAAGCAGAUUGGACGCAACUACUACAACCCGAACGAUGCAACAGAAGUCAGAGCUCACCGACUCGCCAUCUGGCCUGGUUUUUCCACAUCCAUCCUCCAGUAUGAGUGCAGCAUCAUGUUGGGCAUUGAUGUCAGCCAUAAAGUUCUCAGGAAUGAAACUGUUCAUGACCUGAUGGGAAAUAUGUAUUCGUCGUGUGGCCCUCAGAAAUUCCAAGAUAUUUGCAUCAAAGAACUUGUUGGACAGAUCGUACUGACAAAAUACAACAAUAAAACCUACCGUAUAGAUGAAAUCGCCUGGAACAUGACUCCGGAGUCUACAUUUAAGAAGUCAGAUGGAAGUGAGAUCAGCUUUGUGGACUACUAUAAAAAUCAAUACAAUGAACAUGUCAAAGACCUGAGUCAGCCGCUGAUUGUGAACAUCCCACGGAAAACCAAGCCGGGUGUCACGAAUGGCGCUAUUGUUUUGGUUCCUGAGUUAUGUAGUAUGACAGGUCUGACUGACAGAAUGCGAAGCGAUUUCAACGUCAUGAAAGAUCUCGCCGUUCACACCCGCCUACCGCCAGACCAGAGGGAACAGCAAGUGGCGAAGUUCCUGAACUACAUCCACAAGGAUGAGAGUGUGCAGAAAGAGCUGCGUGACUGGGGUCUGAACUUUGAUACCAAACUUCUGCAGUUUAGUGGGAGAGUUCUACCUCCGGAAAAAAUUUUGCAAAGAGGAAAAAACGCAGAAUAUAAUCCGCAGUUUGCUGACUGGUCUAGGGAAAUGCGAGGACCCAUACUGAUCAGUGCCCGGGAUCUGAAUAACUGGCUCCUUGUUUACUCCCGAAGAAAUUACGAUGCAGCAAAUGCCCUUCUACAAAACAUGUUCAAGAUAACCCAGCAAAUGGGCAUCCGGAUGAACCGGGCCGUGAUGGUUGAAAUCGAUGACACAGUCGGUGGAUAUUUACAAGCCUUCCAGCAGAACAUCACCGACCGCACAGAGAUGGUUGUCUGUAUCCUGUCCAGUAUCAAUAAGAUGAAGUACGACUCCAUUAAGAAGUACCUUUGCUUGGACCACCCCAUCCCCAGUCAGUGCGUUGUUGCCAGGACCUUGAGCAAACCCCAGACUGUACUCUCCGUCUGCACUAAAAUCGCCUUACAGAUGAACUGUAAAUUAGGAGGAGAGCUGUGGAGCGUGGAGAUACCGCUGGAGAAGACUAUGAUCAUUGGGAUCGAUUGCUACCAUGACACCCUGCAAGGGAAGAGAUCAAUCGCUGGCUUUGUUGCAAGCAUGAAUAAAGGCGUGACGCAGUGGUUUUCCCGAUGUGUUGUCCAGGACCAGAAGCAAGAGAUCGUCGAUGGUCUUAAAGUCUGUUUGCAAGCGGCGCUGCAGGCUUGGUAUAAGCUGAACGAGGACAUGCCACACCGCAUUAUCAUCUACAGAGACGGUGUGGGCGACGGUCAGCUGAAAACGAUUGUGAGCUACGAGGUCCCACAGUUCAAGGACUGUCUAAAGUCUGUUGGGAAAAAUUACAGUCCUAAACUGACAGUGAUUGUGGUGAAGAAGAGGAUAAACGCCAGAUUCUUUGCUGUUUUGGGCGGUCGGCUCCAGAACCCACCACCAGGAACAGUAGUUGACAUUGAAGUCACCCGACCUGAAUGGUAUGACUUCUUCAUUAUCAGCCAGUCUGUGAGACAGGGAACCGUCUCCCCUACACAUUACAAUGUUGUGUUCGAUGAAGGAGGACUGAAACCUGACCACAUGCAGCGCCUCACCUACAAGCUGUGCCACCAGUACUACAACUGGCCUGGCGUCAUCAGAGUUCCAGCACCGUGCCAGUAUGCUCACAAGCUUGCCUUUCUGGUUGGGCAAAGCAUCCACAGAGAACCUCACAAUUCCCUGUCCAGCCUCCUCUAUUACCUGUAAAUUUUACAAAGAGCACUGAAAGUUGAGAAGUGGGGGUGGGGGUGGGGGUGAAGAGGUUGGCCUGUUCUGCACUUUUGAAAGUUGGAAAAAAAAAUGCCAGCUGAUGUCCUAAUUCUAGCUGCCGUUUUUUCUUUUUUUGUUCCCCUGGGUAUUAAUGAAGCGUAUUAAGUCAAGCAUGUGGUCACCAGCCAACCUGACGUGAACGAGACUUUGAAAGUUUUUUUAUUUUUAUUUUUUAAUGGUAGCAUAGUUUGUACGGUUGAAAAAAGACAUACAUCGCUAAAGUUCAACGCAAUACGCCAUCGACUUGCAUGGGUCAGUUGGUGGAACGCAGAUUCUUUUGGCAUCUAUUGGGUCUAUAAAAUUGUAUGGACCUGGCACACAUGCUGGAUGUGCACAUCCAACAUGAUGUGACCAGAACCUUAAAUGGGUUCCUGAUAUAUAAAAAUUGCACAUUUGAUACUUCAUAUGUUCAGAGUACUUGAACACUGGGCAGCAGAAGUUUGCACUUAUUUCGAUAGACUUGUCAUGACUUGUUUGUACUUAUUUUUGUUCUUUCUUCAUGGUA